AUGCCCAAAGUAGUUUCUCGCAGUAUCGUGUGUUCGGACACUAAAGAUCAAGAAGAGUACAACGAGGAAAAGCCACUGCACUCGUAUUACUGUUUAUGCGGACAGAUGACGUUGAUAUUGGAUUGUGCUUUAGAAAAAUUACCUUUACGCAAACGAGAUGGAGCUAGAGUGGUCGAUGGUGCUAAGCACGCCAACAAAACAACUUGUGAUCCAGAUGAAAUUAUUUAUUUGAAACGACAAGAAGGCAUCGAAAAACAAUACAGAUCCAAGUGCAAAAAGUGUGGUUUGUUCCUGUACUAUAAACAUCAACCAACUACAAAUGUAUAUUUCAUUGUACAAGGAGCUCUGGUGAAAAAUACUGGCGAGGGUCCUAAAAUGGAUAUUUAUAACCAAGUAGCAGUAGAGAAACCGAAAAAGAUUAUGGUUACCAAACAUACCAAAAACAUGGGCAAGUUCAGUUCAGUAACUGUAUCUACUAUUGAUGAAGAAGAAGAUGAAAUAGAAGCGAGAGAAGUAGCAGAUUCAUAUGCAAACAAUGCGAGAAUAAUUGAAAAACAACUGGAGAGGAAAGGCAUGAACAAACGUAAAGUGGUAGAAUUUGUUGAGCCAGAGAUUGCAUUAGACAUAAAAAGACAUGCUCGAGGUACACUGUUAGAAAAAUGAUACUAUUUUCAUUAUCCCAUCAAAUAUUAUAAUUUAUAUUUUAAUUUUGUAACUUGUAAUAAAUAAAUGUUUAUAAUUAAAUUGUAA